AUGUUUUGGAAUGUGAAAAAUAUAUUCGAUCAGUUCCCGACGAUGAUCGAAUAUUNCCAUCCCGUAUGUUCAAGUAUCUUUGUGAGCAAUGAAUGGAUUAAAGCAUUACAAAUGGAAUAUGCCAGUGCAUACUUAGUGAUGGAUUUCCGGAAAACAGGUAGCUCUCAGUUCGAACUUCUUGCUGCUCUCUGCUCUAUUUCUCAAGAGAUAGUCUUACAAGCUCUCACUGACUUCAGCAAUGAACAACUCAUCAGUGCUCAGCUUCUUCAAGAAGAUAAUGUUCGUUUUCAUACUAUGGCAAGCGUUGAUCUUGUUCGAACGACGACACCUGUUCAGUUGACUACAGUUUUAGAAUUUCUUCAAAUAUCAACACGAUCAAAUUUUCUAACCUCUGCUCUUCAGAACAAUAUGAUACUUACAAUAUACUCACUGAGUGGUCGAUUAACUUUAUAUUUAUUUGACAGUACUAACUUUUAUAACGAAAACGCUUCCUCCAGUGCCAGUUCAUAUGGAUCAUCGUGCCGCUCGAAAAGUCCGUUAACGCGAGCUGGAUUCUAUUCAUUGCCACUUUACGACAGUGCAGCCAACCACGGUACUUGGCCUAAGCUGCCUCCGCAUUUCGAACCAGUGGCUUCUGCAACAGUCGAUGGAUUCUUUGGUGGAUGCAACGCACUUGAUGCUCUCCUAGCUAGUACACUUGACUGUCUAUACGAUACUACUUGUCUCACCAAUUUCAUGAACUAUUUUCCUAGUCUCAAUCAGAUGGAUGUCAAUAUUUCUGGCCAGAUUUUACCUUCGCCGCGGUCGGGUGUUACUCUGAAAACGCUCCUAAAUCAAUCGUUGAUUGACAAUUGGACAACGACUAUCAACUAUUCCCAAUACUUCACACAGUGUGCUCCAUUGUCUUGUACUUACACGGAGACUGUUCAGGUUAACAUUUCUUAUACUGUUACUCUACUGCUCGGUCUUUAUGGUGGUUUGACUAUUCUUCUGCGUCUUCUCGCAGUUUUCUUAGUGAGAAUAUUUUCAAAAGUGCUAUGUCAUUCAAUUCAUAUCAGUCCAGCCGUAGUGAGCGGUGUAACGCAAAUCAGAAGAUUCGCUCUAUUUAUACAACAAAUCAAUUUGUUCAAGUCGAUCAAUAAGCGCACUGCGAUAGAUAUUGGACGACAACGUGUCACUACACGGAUGUACUUAACCGCUCUCGCAACCUCCAUAUUUGCCCUGAUCCUGUCCACUUCACUCAGUAUUGAAACAACUGUGAUGAUUGUUCCUCACCCUUCAUUGUCGACAUACAUGGAUUUGCAGAGCUCGCAAUCGAAUAUGCUCAAAUGCCCUUGUUCAAGCGUAGCCAUACCGUAUCAAGUCCUAAUUUCAUGGGCACCAACGUUUCAUCAGGUGUGUUCCAGUGACUUCGUCAGCCAACUUUGGAGUUCAUCACUGUAUUAUCUCGAUGCCACCUUCCUGAACUAUCCACUCACUGAAUGGAAUAGUUUAGGCAUGCGUCAUUUCUUGCUACUGUCUACGCUAUGCCAACUCAGUUACAAAACUGUUACUGAUGCCAUACAACGGUUUGGUGGACAAUCACUGGUCACUUUGAAUGUUAUCAACCAAGCUGAUUUUACCAGUCAAGUGAAUACAACAGUGAAUGAAUUCACUGAAACAUUGAUCACUAAUUUUGCACUUCUUGUUGAUGCCAUGCGACUUUUCACGCAAACAGAUCAACCUUACACAAUGCUUAACAAUGCCAAGCUGGUUGCUUCGACGACACGAAACCAGAUCACUAAUGAAACACUGCUGCAGAUCCAAUUUCAACUUACCGGUCCGAUAGAUACUAGGACAGCAGCGAAUCACUGUAUUUGCGCUAUUAAUCCUAAUUGUUACAGUCCUGUUACGGUUGCUGUUCUCGUUCUGCAGCGUGGCUAUUAUGUCUACAGCAACAGUACUUAUCGCAUGCCAGGAUCAAUCAUGGGCUGUUUUAUCGUCGAUUCUCUGCUACUCUCCACACUCGAAUGUUAUUAUUUGGAUUCAUGUCUGACCAUAUAUGACAGUUAUAUCAACCGCUCUUAUCGUGCUUUUAGUAUAGAUCCACCAGGUUUUCGACCUCGUGCACUCGCUUAUGACUCGGCAAAAAGUCGCUUUCCCCCCGAUACACUCCUUUCGAUGAUAGUAAAAGAACUGAUGAUUGAGCAGUGGAAUGUAUCCUUCUCAUUUGAUCAAUACUACCAAGCGUGUGCGCCAGUCCAAUGCACUUAUUCUUAUACUAGACGAAGCAAUGAUUUUCUAAGCAUUGUAAUCACGUUGAUUUCAACUGUUGGCGGACUUGCUGCUGCACUCAGAAUCAUCAUACCUCUACUGAUAGCUACUGCUUGUGGUUUAUUCAAAUCAAAGAACAGUCAGCAACGAGAUCCAGAACAACAAAGUAAUAAGAGAAAUUUGUUGAUUGACGAAUAG